UCUCUCUAUCUCUCACUCUCUGUUUUUUUUCUUCCUCUUUUGUGUGUUUCAAACUUAAGAAUGGUAUCUGUGGAAUCUUCUUCAAAGAGUGAUGAACUACAAAACUUGCCUGUUUUUUCCAAGAAAAUUCCUAAUACAGCCAUGACCAAAAAAGGUGUCUAUGUUGCCAUCUCUUACAUGGCUUGUGCUGUUCUCUUGGUCAUAUUCAAUAAGGCAGCUCUUUCAUCCUAUAAUUUUCCAUGCGCGAACGUGAUCACACUUUUUCAGAUGCUAAGUUCGACUUUGAUUCUCUAUGCUUUGAGACGCUGGAAAAUUAUAUCUUUCACAGUUCAGGAUUCACAUACUGUGGUUACGCGCACAACAAACCUCGUACCAUUUAAGAAAGUACUGCAUUGUACUCCCGUGGCACUAUCAUAUUUGCUUUACAUGCUGGUGUCUAUGGAAUCUAUUCGUGGAAUUAAUGUUCCUAUGUACACCACUUUGAGACGGACAACUGUUUUCUUUACAAUGAUGGCAGAAUAUUUUCUAGCAGGGAAAAAAUAUUCGUCAUACGUUGUUACAUGUGUAGGAGUAAUCAUUCUUGGUGCAUUUGUUGCUGGUGCUCGGGACCUGUCAUUUGACUACUACAGCUAUACCGUUGUUUUCGUCUCAAACAUAACUACAGCAGUAUACCUGGCUUGUAUAUCUAGCAUUGGAGAAUCCAGUGGCCUUAACAGCUUCGGCCUGAUGUGGAGUAACGGUAUAAUAUGUACACCCAUUUUGCUACUUUGGACAGCAUAUAGUGGCGACUUAGAAGCUACAAGAAGUUUUCCGUACUUGUAUACCGCUGGCUUUCAGGCUGUGAUUGUUCUGUCAUGUGCUCUGGCUUUCUUGUUAAACUAUUCCGUAUUCCUAAAUACAACUAUCAAUUCUGCACUAACACAGACAGUCUGCGGAAAUCUUAAGGACUUGUUUACUGUUGGAUUUGGCUGGUUAGUUUUCAGAGGACUUCCAUUUGAUCUGUUGAAUAUUGCUGGCCAGUGUCUUAGCUUUCUGGGAUCUUGUUUGUAUGCUUAUUGUAAACUCAAAGGCAUUUAGCUUUGCCUACAUGAUGUUUCAUCUUAUUGGGGAACAUUUACUAUAAAUCUAUUAUAUAUUCAAUAUUUAAAAUCACUAUCUUUUGUUAAAAAUCUCUAUUAUGUAUUUA